AUGCACCUCCCAUCGCUUUCCUUGACUUUCCUGCUCGCUACCAAGGUAGCGACGUAUGAUAACCUCCUCCACUUCGGCCCGACAGCUCAAGUAGAGACGCGUUCCAUCAACCAGAUCUACAAAGCUGCCCUUAAAGAGGGCGGUGUUGUGACGGCCUGGUUCGGCGGCGAUGAGAAGAACCAAAAUGACGCGGUCAAGAACGCUUUCGAAUCGGCUUUUCCAGGCAUGAAGCUCAAUCUCACUACCGACCUUUCCAAAUAUCUCGAUGGCAAAAUCGACCAACAGCUCGCCAGCAACAACGUCUAUGUCGAUACACUCGCUCUGCAGACUACGCAGGACUUUCCAAGGUGGAAAGAAGAGGGCGCAUUACUCUACUAUGCCCCUGCGGGUUUCGACAAGAUCUACUCUGGUCUGAAAGAUGCUGAUGCCGCUUACUAUGGAUUCACCGGUAUUGCAUGGCAGCUCAUCUGGAACGCUGAUAAGUUGAAGGGCAAGAAGGUGCCGGCAGAAUACAGUGACUUCCUUGCGCCAGAGUACAAGGGUAAGCUUGCUUUGACAUACCCUAAUGACGAUGACUCGAUCCUCUUCCUCUUCGAUAAAAUCCUCAAUCAGUACGGCGAAUCUUGGUUCAACAAACUCCUCCAGCAGAAGCCUCGCUGGGUUCGUGGAGCAGCCACUCCGCAGACGCUUGUCCGUGACUCCAAGACACCUUACGUCGCAACGUUCACCUCAGCAUUGGGCCUGACAACUGGCGCUGGAUCUCUCAACGCUACAUAUCCUAAGAAGAGCAACUUCAUCUCGUGGGCACAGCACACUGCCAUUCUCAAGGACGCGCCGCACCCCGAGGGCGCUAAGUUACUGCAGAACUUUUUACUAAGCAAGGAAUUCCAGAAGACGAGCGGCUUCUGGCCCGUGAGGAGUGAUGUCGCUCCGCCGGUUGGGUUUCCUGGGUUUGUUGAUCAAGCACACACUGACCCCCAUGAUUUUAUGAACUUUAUGGUUGACCGGCAGAAGGUUGAGAGGUUGAGAUUCUGGUUCGAGAAAAGGCUUGGUACUGCUCAGGGUCUCAGCCCACUGGAUGAUGAUUUGUAG